GGGUCCCUGUGCUGGUGACUGGCUGGGUCCCUGUGCUGGUGACUGGCUGGGUCCCUGUGCUGGUGACUGGCUGGGUCCCUGUGCUGGUGACUGGCUGGGUCCCUGUGCUGGUGACUUCUAAAGUGCUGCUUUCUUUUCAAUAGUGGUGCCCCUGGCAUAAAGCAGAGGGUUCUGCCACAGCCCCGCCCACCGAUACGCAUCAUGGUGGGUUGUCUGGCCUGGCUGUGGGCAGCUGCUCCGGAGGCUGAGAAGCUCGGCUGCAGAGGGGCUGGUGGGGGGGGAGAUGAUGGUGUUGAAAGCCAAAGAAUGUGAUGUGCAUUAGCAGGAUAGAGAGAACAGAACAGAAGGCCUUUGCUGUUAUUGUACAGAGCACAACAGGUGCUGUGAUUUCAGUCCUUAUAGGACCCAUCCAGCACAGCGAUGAGACACAGUUGUACACAGCUGAGAGCACAGUCUGCCGUUUAUCCGCCACACCUGGAGCAGACGCUCAAGGUGUUAUAAUUACUCUCCUAACCAAAGGGUUUAAACCAACAACCUUCUGAUCAUUGUGACCCGCAAAGCCGCCCCCGUCUCUCCUGAUGACAGUUACUGAGGACUGUGAGUUUUGGCACAGGUACGAUGUUUGCUGACUUGAGGCACACUGGGACAUUGUCCUGGGACAGAGAUGGAUGGAUAAUGUUGCUGAAUAGCUGCUGAGUGCUGUACCUAUGAACCUGUCGGUGUGUUCUGGGCUUCCGCACUGUGGAGUGUGUAUCUUGAGUAAUGUGUGUAUGAUAUGAAUGCUUGAUAGGUUUCUCUUUGGCAAGCCUCUCAUUACAUUGCCGCUAUUUCCUUUGUCAAAGCAUGUAAAGAUGCAGUUUAGCAUCUCUGUUCACAAGAUGCUGUCGCUUGUGGGGGUGGGGGGUGGCGGUCCUGACUUUGAAAUCACUCAUGGUUCGGGUACCUUGCUGUAGCUGUUGGGGGUUGUUAUUUUUGAAAUGUUUCUCCUUGGAGGGGUUUUCUGCAGGGAGCCUUGGCACCGUUGAUGUCUCUCUUCAGGUUGGACCUGCCGGCGCUGUUGGUUUCCUGCUGCAUUGUGAGCUCUCACCAGAUUCUGAACCUCAUUAGUCAUCCUGGGUUUCUCGUUAGGAAACACCCAAACGCAUUUUUCAACAGUGACAUUGUUGGCAGUGGUUUUUAUGGAGGACCCGGUACUUUGGAUAUGUAAUCCGCGAUGUCCGUGUUCCCCUCGUCUGUGUUGUGUUGUGCAAAUAAGUCCCAGUGCGUGCAUUCAGAGCAGUCCUUAAGCUGUCUUUACUGUACGGAUGAAUGGUUUUGCCGUGAUUUUUGGUGGUUUCUAGGCCAUGGUUAAGAACAGAGAGAUGUGAGCAUUCUGACCCCAGUGGGAGUGUCUGAGGCUUUGUGUUCAUCUUUCUGUAAACAUGAUUGUGUGUCUGUGCCUUUUGUUAGACAUUUUACAUGUCAGUUAUAUUCUAGCCUGACUAAACUCUGCAGCUGUGAUAAAGGCCCCUUCAGGGUACGUGCUUUGCUAUUUGCUAAUAGCUGCUAGCGGAUCGCCAAGUGCUGCUUUAGCGUUAGCAUGUGCUGUUAUGCACGUGGCUGUAAUAAUGCCGGUGAACCGGCAUGGCGAGCAAGCGGGCUUCCUUCUUAUUAGGCAUUCCUGAUCCGAGGAACAGUGCCUACCGCUGGUGGACAGAGUGAGAUGCCAGCUGUGUCCGGCAUCAUGGAGCGUAGCCAGGAUUCUGUAAAAACCAUGACCGCCGUUCCAGUAAGGACCCCUGAGCAGGAUGUCGGCCGCUUUGUUAGACGGCGUGUGGAUGCCAGGGCUGAAAAUGCUUGGGAGAGAAGGUUUGUGGGGAGGAUCCCUCAGUCCGGCCCGGAUCCACACUGCAUAUCACACUGUAUAUUUAUAUAUUUAAAAAAACCCUAUUUAGUUAGUUAUUCUUCCAUAUGUAUAUAUCACUGCAGAACUUUUUGCUUUGUUUGUUGUUGUUCUACAUACAUGUUUGCACUGGAGGAGCUGCUUUUCAUCUCAUUGUACAUGUGUAUAGUGACAGUCUUCUAUUCCUAUUCUAUUCUAUUCUAUUCUAUCCCCGCCUGCUCACCUCUUCUCAGCUGCCUUUCCCUGCGCUGCCGUCAUUUCCUGCCAGCUGGAACUGUGAUCUGCGGGGUCCUCGUUGCUCCCAGGUUCACCACCGUGGUGCUGGGCCUGGUCAGUCUAAAGAAUGUGGCCGUCUCCUUUGCUGAGACUGUGAAGAGCUCUGCUCCCAUCUUCACAGUCAUCAUGUCCAGGCUCAUAUUAGGAGAGUAUACAGGGAUGUGGGUGAACCUGUCCCUCUUCCCGGUGAUGGCGGGCUUGGCGCUCUGCACCGCCACUGAGAUCAGUUUCAACUUGUUGGGUUUCUCCGCUGCACUCUCAACCAACAUCAUGGACUGCCUACAGAAUGUCUUUUCCAAGAAGCUUCUAAGUGGCGAUAAGUACAAAUUCAGUCCUCCAGAGCUGCAGUUCUACACCAGUGCUGCUGCGGUCCUGAUGCUCAUCCCAGCCUGGAUUUUCCUGCUGGACAUCCCUGUGAUCGGGAAGGAUGGCCAAAGCUUCCGCUUCAGCCAGGACAUCGUUCUGCUGCUGCUCUUCGACGGGGUCCUCUUCCACCUGCAGAGUGUCACCGCUUAUGCCCUGAUGGGGCGGAUCUCGCCCGUCACCUUCAGCGUGGCGAGCACCGUCAAGCACGCCCUGUCCAUCUGGCUGAGCAUCAUUGUGUUCAGCAACCAGGUGACCCUGCUGUCGGCGGCCGGCACCGUGCUGGUCAUCAUCGGCGUCAUGCUGUACAACAAGGCCAAGCAGGUCCAGAGGAAAGCGCUGCUGGCCCAGGUCAGCGCCCAGGCUGCGGAGGCCAACCACACACCCCUGCUCCAGGAGAGCGAAAUCAAGGCGUCCCCGUAGUGCCGAGGGGACAGACCUCGGGGGACUGGGGGACUGCCGGGGAGGGGGGCUAUGAUCUGGAUUUGGAUUCUCUUAGCUUCAUCCUGCCAUGCGAAGGGACCCUGGAGUGUUUGGUCAGUCCCGUGAAUACGGUGGAAUUCCUGUGGUUUCACACAAUGAAGAUGUGCGGAUGGCACCCAGUUUAGAUUUUCUGUUCCUGUUUUCUGUUUCUGUUUCAGGAUGAAGUUUAAACCGAUAUCCUGAUCUUACAAGAGAGCAAAAUAAUUUGGACAUUCUUUCAUGUCAAUGCUAAAAAUGACCAUAUUAAUUACUGACUAUACAUUUUUUAAAACAAGCGGAGGUAGAGGAGGAAGAAAGCACUUUCUGAUGUAUGGGGGGGGUACACAGGGUGGGUACCUGCAUGCCAGGGUGUCUUUCAGCAGAUUAUUAAACAGGAAUGAACCACCCAUUAGCAAGAAAGCUGCAGAAUGGACGACUCGGGUUUCUACAGAUUUUUUUUUGUUUGUUUUUCUUUGCGUGAGAAUUGAUGGAAGACUUUUAAAGUAGAAGGCCCAAGGACUGCAGACACUUUUUCCAGGUCUGAAAGGGUUUCCCUUCGAUUUCUGAGCCUGCAGAUCCAUCAGACCUGAAACUCACACCACCGGUGAUAUUUCUGCUUAACGAGCAGCAGUGCUGAACUUGGGAUAUUUAUCUUUUUCAGUCUGUUCUCUCGAUCAGAUUAAAUUACGUCUUUUCUUAAAUAAAUAGCUAGUAUCUGCCAUUGAUUGCAUCUAUGCCACACUGACACUCUCUCCCUGGACAGUUUGGUGGUGUUUCUUGGGGUCACUAUGGCAACAAGCCAGCAUUAAGUUUUUUUUUUUUUUUUUUUUUUUGGAUCGUAUCACAUUGUUUCUGUUUUGGAAGUGUUUGUUUUUUGUCUCAUAAAGUGGAGUCCACAUUGUAUGACCAGCAAGAACAGAGAGCCUCAUAGGGAAAAUGCCAGAUAACAAGGAAAAAUGCAGUCCCCUUUUUGCAUGACCUCGUGAGUUGUUUCUAUUUUUAUAAUAAUCUGUAGGUUCCCAUUUUGGAACCUUGCAGUGUUUCUUCACUGUGGUAUUGAUAAAAUGACCUUUUUAUUGCAGAGUCAUGUGACCUGAAGGUAGUUUGAUGCUUAAUAUGUAAACUUUCAAACCUCCGAAAGCAAUUAAAGUAAUACUGUACUUAUGUAAAAUAAUAGUGGAUUAGAGCACAGCACAAGCGAGAUGGCGAUUUUAAGAUCAUCACGUCGGGAAGUUCACGUUGUGUGUUCUACAUGCAUGAGCUGUCUAAUUCAGUGCGUGAGAUAUAUCGUGCUGUUGCUCUGUAACACAUAAAGGUGCCUACUUAAACAUUCUCAGUGUUUCCUCUGUAAAUCUUUUUACCAAUGUGUAACUCAUUUUUACAUACAGUCACAUUACAAUGUAAUGUAAAUAUGUCCGUAAGCUUCUAAAGUUCACCAGAAUUACGGCACAUUGAUAUUGUUGUGGAGUAUCGGUCUCGUAAUUCUAACAAAAGAUUGUUUUUUUUAAAAAAAAAAAAAAA